GAUAGAAUUUGGAACAGUGUGAUAAGGGAAAAGUGUGGACUGAACGAAGAUUUAGUGACAAAAAUUGAGAAAGGUUGUUGAGAUGGUUUGGACACGUGGAAAGAAUGAGUGAAAGAAGGUUAACAAAGAGAGUGUAUAAGGGAGAGGUAGAAGAGGGAGCUGGAAGGGGUAGACCUCGGCGGAUUUUAUCUAAUCAAAUCGGAGAAAUCCAGAAGAAAGGCCAGGUCAAGAGCACCCUAAAUCGACGAGCGUGUAUGAGGAAUGUCAUGGUGGAGGAGGUAUGCCAGGAUCGCAGCAAGCGGAAAUCCGUGGUCUCUGCCUACCCCUCCGGGAAAUAGGUGUGAUUAUGUGUAUGUAUGUAUAGAAUUCUAUAGAGGUAUAAAACAUAACUUUUAGGGAUAAGUUCGCCUUUGUACAUAACAUUUGUUUUUCUUGUUUAAUUUUGUCUGUUUUAUGUUAACCUGUUUAUGUGCAAUGAAGUGACAUACAUACAUACAAAACACAUACUACAUACUAGUAUUACAUACAUUAUUAGUAUUUUAUGGGUGUUUUUUUAGAUUUCAUACGACACAUAUUUCUGAAAGAGGGAUCCCAUAUCAAUUCGUACAAAACGGUAAUUUAUCGCCUAAAAUAAUUGCGCAGAAUUUCCGUUAAUUUGUGCUGUAAAUAAGCAUAUCGAAACAGUGUAGUAAAAGAAACCUAAAAGAUAAAAUAUUGUCCCAUGAUGGAAGUGGUCGGUGCUAAAUUGCUAUUAAAAUUGAUUAUAUCCAUUCUUUAUGUAUCCAUUGUUGAUUCAGUGCCUUCCAAAUGCCAGACUCCUCUCAAUAGCAGCGACUGCGGGCUGUCCUCUACCGUCGUAUACACCUACUACAGCCCCAGUUCUAUCUGCUACCCGGACUUAUGGCGGGGGUGUCCGACCAGCAACAAAUUUGACAACGAGGACCUGUGCUUCAAAUCCUGUGUUAUGGAUUAUGAAGUAACUGAGCCUAUACCGAAAUCAGAAAUGGAUGCUAUCGCUAGUAAAGUGCAGGGACUGCCGGUAAAAACCAACACGGAAAUUCAGUCGGUAAAAAGCAACCUAUGUGAUGUCCCCCUAAACACCAGUCGUUGCACUAAGCAGAUGAAGUUAGUAUACACUUUCAGUGAUGAAAUAAAAUCCUGCGUUCCGGCCUUAUGGGCAGGAUGUCCUACUGGAAACAUGUUUCCUGAUAUCUCGUCAUGUCAACAUCACUGUCAAGAAAAAAAGCAUAAUAACUUGGAACAAACAGAUAAAACCAACGUAUUAGAAGCUUCGAAUGUUCUAAAGAAGUUGAUUAAAACAAUUGAUGCACUGAAUAAAGAAAAUAAUGUGGAACGAAAGGAAAAAUCCAGGGUACAACAAGCUUCGAAUGUUCUUCAGCAGGUGAUUAAGGAAUCGAAUGCAUCGAAUGAAGAAAAUAAACUGGUACAAAAGGAAAAAUCCAAGAUGCAAGUAUUUUCGAUUGAUCUUAAGGAUUUGAUGAAAAAAACUAAUGCAGUUGCACCGAAUGAAGAAAAUAAAAUUGAACAAAAUUAUAAAACCACAGUACAAGAAGCUUCAAAUGUUCUUCAGCAGGUGAAUAAGAAAUCUAAUGCACCGAAUGAAGAAAAUGAACUGGUACAAAAGGAAAAAUCAAAGAUGCAAGAAUUUUCGAUUGGUCUUAAGGAUUUGAUGAAGAAAAGUAAUGCACCGAAUGAAGAAAAUAAAAUUGAACAAAAUGAUAAAUCUAAGGUACAAGAAGCUUCUAAUAUUCGAAUGAAGUUGAUUGAGAAUUGUAAUGCGCCGAAUAAAGAAAAUGAACUGGAAGAAAAGGCUAAAUUCAAGAUACAAAAAGUUUCAAAUGUUUAUAAGAAGCUGAUCGAGAAAAUGGAAGCAUUGAAAAAGGGAAAUUCCAUUGAUUUGGACGCAAAAGCUUACUUUAUAUAUAAACUUAUUAAAGCCAAUAUUAAAUUGGAGGAACGCUCUGCAGAUAGAUACAUAGAUUUGAUGUUACUUGACGAAUAUGUAAUUUAGAAAAAAAACUUAAACGCAGGGCUCAUCUCACGUCAAAUGAAAAAUGCACACAUAAGUAAAAUG